CUUUUCGAGAAAAUUCUCUCAUUUUUUUCUUAGAAUUUCCUUUUGUUAUUUGAAUAUAUUUAACAAAAAAUGAGAGAGUGCAUCUCAGUACACAUCGGUCAGGCCGGUAUUCAGGUCGGAAAUGCCUGCUGGGAACUCUACUGUCUCGAGCAUGGAAUUCAGCCUGAUGGUCAAAUGCCAAGCGAUAAGACUGUUGGUGGAGGAGACGAUGCUUUCAACACCUUUUUCAGCGAAACUGGUUCCGGGAAGCACGUCCCUCGUGCUAUAUUUGUGGAUCUGGAGCCUACUGUUAUUGACGAGGUGAGGACUGGAACGUACCGCCAGCUCUUCCACCCUGAGCAACUCAUCAGUGGCAAAGAAGAUGCUGCCAACAAUUUCGCUCGUGGCCAUUAUACGAUUGGCAAAGAGAUUGUUGAUCUCUGUUUAGAUCGUAUCCGGAAGCUUGCUGAUAACUGCACUGGUCUCCAAGGGUUCUUGGUUUUCAAUGCUGUUGGUGGUGGUACUGGUUCUGGGCUUGGAUCUCUUCUCUUGGAGCGUCUCUCUGUUGACUAUGGAAAGAAGUCGAAGCUUGGUUUCACCGUCUAUCCUUCACCUCAGGUUUCUACAUCUGUUGUAGAGCCUUACAACAGUGUGCUAUCCACUCAUUCACUCCUCGAGCACACUGAUGUCGCCGUGCUUCUUGAUAAUGAAGCAAUAUAUGACAUCUGCAGGCGUUCUUUGGACAUUGAACGACCCACUUAUACCAAUCUCAACCGACUUGUCUCUCAGGUUAUCUCAUCUCUCACAGCCUCAUUGAGGUUUGAUGGAGCCCUGAAUGUGGAUGUGACUGAGUUCCAGACUAACCUUGUCCCCUAUCCUAGGAUCCAUUUUAUGCUUUCCUCCUAUGCUCCUGUUAUUUCAGCUGAGAAGGCUUACCAUGAGCAGCUAUCGGUGGCUGAGAUCACCAACACUGCCUUUGAACCCUCUUCCAUGAUGGCCAAAUGUGAUCCACGCCACGGUAAAUACAUGGCUUGCUGCCUCAUGUACCGAGGUGAUGUUGUGCCCAAAGAUGUUAAUGCAGCUGUGGCCACAAUCAAGACCAAACGCACAAUCCAAUUUGUUGAUUGGUGCCCUACUGGAUUCAAGUGCGGUAUCAACUACCAGCCACCAACUGUUGUACCAGGCGGGGACCUUGCCAAGGUGCAGAGAGCUGUGUGCAUGAUCUCCAACUCAACUAGCGUUGCUGAAGUGUUUUCUCGCAUUGAUCACAAAUUUGAUCUCAUGUAUGCCAAGCGUGCCUUUGUGCACUGGUAUGUUGGUGAGGGCAUGGAGGAAGGAGAGUUCUCAGAGGCUCGUGAAGAUCUCGCUGCACUUGAGAAAGAUUAUGAAGAGGUUGGUGCUGAGUCUGGUGAAGGGGAUGAAGGGGAUGAGGAGGAGUAUUGAGUGAAGGAGUACCUUUAACCGUUUGCUACUAUGAUGUAUUUUCUUGAAUACGAAGAGGUUGGUUUAAAGGAGAUGAAGGGGAUGAGUAUUGAGGGAAGGCGUACCUUUAUCCGUUUGCUACUGUGAUGUGUUUUCCUCGUUGCUUGUAUCCAGAGUUGAAUUGCAUGAGUGAUGUAUCAGGGUUUUUUUUUCUUUCUACGAAUAAGGUUACCACCGGUGAUUUCCUUGCU